AUUAUUUUUUAUAUACAUUAUAUUUUAUUUGAUAGUUUUAAUGUCAUUAUUCAAUAAAAAACAUUAAUACAUGAGGAUAAAAUUGGACAUAAGUAAAUAAAUAUAAGAAUAAAAUUGGACUAAAAAUAACAUCUGAGGAUAUAAUUGUCCAAUAAGAGGUGUGGUGAACCAUCACACCCCUCUCCUUUCAGUAAGAAUUUCAACUCUGAUGAGAAAAUUUGGGUGCAAACAAACCAUUUCUUUGUUUCCCAGACGACAAAACCAGUUCGAUUGCACUAAAAAAGUGCCUAAACUCGUAGUGUUGGACGUCCAGUCUAUUUCAAAUUAAGCCUAAAUCUUGUCUCUAAGCCCAUGAUUUUCACCUUAAAGAACACCAUCCUCAGCCGCUCCAAACCACUUGAAAUUGAGAUAUCUCUUAUUUCACCUGGCUCUUUCACCUGUUAGGCAUGAUCCUCCAACCACCACCGGUCUCCUCCGUUCUCCUUCUCUCUCUCCAUCACUUUGAUUUUUUUUUCUUUUGUAUUGGUUCUCUUGUGGAAUGAUGUUGUUUCUUAUUUGCGAUGAUUUUCUAGCUAUUAAUGGUGGUCGGAAUAAUAUCGCUGAUUGUAUUCUUUAGUUUUAUGUUAAGAGUAAAAUGGGAAUGACAUUUAUUUUUUAUUUUCUUGAUUUGACAGAAUCGCAAAUAGUAAAGGAGAAGAAGAUUUGCAAUUCCGAUCAAACUUGGAAUUCACUAGCGUCUCUAAAUUUCCGUUACUUGCAAUUUUUAAACCAAACAAAUGAAUAAGGGUCCGUUCAACCAAACAUUCAGCUAGUGUUUGGGGCUUAACAGUAAUUUUUUAGAAAGAGGCCCAAGGCACUUUCCUUUUCAUUUUGAAGUACUCAAUUUCAAGCUAUAGCCUGUAGAGCCUAGGCGUGUUACAUUACAACCCAAGCCCAAAACAAGAUUAAGUUCAUGUCAAAACAACCCAUUCAAUCCUCCCUCCACAAAAGUGUUUUAUUUGAGAUUGUUAGAAUUGAAUCUAUCAACAAAUCAUAUUACUGUUGGACCCUCCACAAAUUUUCACUUCACGGUGUUGAAACAAAAGCGGUAUUUGAUGGAGCUCAACAAAGCACAAAAGCAGCAGCAGCGGCAGCAGCAUAGGGUGGACUCAACGCAUGAUCAAAGAUGGAAACCUCCAACUAACGGUCUCUAUAUGAUGAAUUUUGAUGGUGCGGUGGACAAGGAUCGAAAAUUGUCAGGAAUAGGACUGAUAAUCGGGGAUGCAGAGAAUCAAAUCAUGGGUGGAUAUAGUGACAGAGUGCAAUGGAUUGGAAAUUCUUUUACUGUUGAAGCACUUACUGCAACUUGGGAACUGGACUUUGCUAAAGAGAUGGGUUUAAACGAAAUUAUAUUAGGAGAUGCCAUAUCAGUAAUAGCGAAGCUGCAAACAAAGAGUGAAGAUCUUUCUCGCAUUGGUUCGAUUGUUGAGGAAGGCAGAAAUAAAGCAGUACAAGUUAAAGUCUUGCAAUAUAAGACAUACGAGGAAAAUAGGAAUGAAACCGCUCAUAGGUUAGCAAAGCAUGAACUACAGAAUGAUGAAGGAAUGUAAUUGGGUUGAGGAAUAUCCUGAAUUUUUGCGAACAAUUGUAACAGCUGAUGUAUAUUUGACACAUAACUGAAUGAC